ACACGGCUACAGAAGAAGAAGAACAAGAAGAAGACGAAGAAGAAGAAGAAGAAGAAGAAGAAGAAGGGAGGGGGGCUCAUCCCGGCUUCCUGAGGGGAGGUAAUUUGCACGGAUCAAGGGGCCAGGCGUUGCAAAGUAUAAAUAGUGUGACUUCAAUCGCGGCUCAGCGAGCAGCAGGUCUGUAACUCCCCGUGACGAGACUAGGAACCGGCCCAGAUCUACGAGCUGUCGAGCAGAGCGCGAGCUCCGAGAGUUGGCAACCCGCAUCAGCUCGAGAGAAGAAAAAAAUCAGACAGAGAGAGAGAAUAAGCGUCAUUGAUGUCUUAUCUUAGACUGUUGAGAAACUGAGCUUGACAAAGUGAGUGAGAAGAGAAGAGAAGAGAAGAGAAGAGAAGAGAAGAGAAGAGAAGAGAAGAGAAGAGAAGAGAAGAGAAGAGAAGAGAAGAGAAGAGAAGAAAAAAAGAAAAGAGAAGAGAAGAGAAGACUGGCGGGGUUUAUUUUUCCUUCUUCUUCUUGGGACCAGUGAUGGAAGAACUCACCGCUUUCGUGUCGAAAUCCUUUGAUCAGAAAGUGAAAGAGAAGAAAGAGGCAAUCACGUACCGGGAAGUGUUGGAGACGGGCUCGGCGCGAGCCAGGGAAGCACUCCCGCUUGAGGCAGGGCGCGAGGACGCGAGCAUUCUUGCGCGUGGAGCCGUCGCGCGCUCACCGGUCAGAGAAGCGGACAUGACGGGGCCGGAGAGAACGAGGGACACGGGGAGUCCCAAACUUACAGACGGCAUCCUGGAUGUGAAAGAACGAAAAGAGGACUCUAAGCCGACAGAGGACGAGACGCAGACCAAAAUCAAGCAGAGGAGAAGUCGGACUAACUUUACUCUGGAGCAGCUGAACGAGCUGGAGAGGCUGUUCGACGAGACGCACUAUCCGGAUGCGUUCAUGCGCGAGGAGCUGAGUCAGCGGCUCGGGCUCUCUGAAGCGCGCGUGCAGGUUUGGUUUCAAAAUAGGAGAGCCAAAUGCAGAAAACAGGAAAAUCAGCUACACAAAGGGGUUCUCAUCGGAGCUGCGAGUCAGUUUGAAGCGUGCCGCGUCGCGCCAUAUGUCAACGUGGGAGCUUUGCGCAUGCCAUUCCAACAGGAUAGUCAUUGCAACGUGCCACCCUUCUCCUUUCAGGUGCAGGCGCAGCUGCAGCUGGACAGCGCCGUGGCCCACGCGCAUCAUCACCUGCACUCUCACCUGGCGGCGCAUGCGCCCUACAUGAUGUUCCCCGCGCCGCCGUUCGGCUUGCCCUUGGCCACGCUGGCGGCGGAGUCUGCUUCGGCGGCAUCGGUGGUGGCCGCAGCCGCCGCCGCCAAGAACAGCAACAAGAACUCGAGCAUCGCGGACCUCAGACUGAAGGCCAAAAAACACGCGGCGGCGCUCGGACUGUGACACGCCGGGGCGCGCGCGCACAGCUCCACACUCACAACACUAGGACAUUAUUUAUACUCCCUUAUGAAGGACACUCCAGAAUAAAGGCUUAUUUAUGACAUGAACAACACAAACUGUGAAAUCCAAGUGAAGCCUGUCACGGACGCAGGCUGCAACCAGGACGGACCGGAAAAAGGGGGAACGUUUGUCCAAGACAAAACUCGUUCCGAAUACGUGAUGACGCAGCUGGGACGUUCGACUCUUGUGUGACAAAGCGAACACUUUCUGCGUAGUUUGCUGUUUUAAUAUCUACGUUAUUGGUUAUCUUUGAGGAAAAAAAAAGAAAUACUAGUUAAAAAUAAGAGGCUGGCCUCGUUUUAUCUGAAACAGAGUUUCUCGUGAAAAAGGAAAGGACACUCACGGAUGUCUGUGCGCAAGGACUAUAACAAAACAAAACAAAACAAAACAAAAAAAAUCACAUUAAAAGCUUCUUUCUUCUAACGUGCCAUCACGUGAGCUCGGUGUCUUUGUGACGUCAGCGCUUUCACGUGAAGUCGAUGCUCCGGUUCAGAGGGUGAACUUGGACACCUUGAGCGCGCUCACCUGACUUCUGAUUUUUUUGGGGGUUCUCGAGCCAGUGGACGUUUGGGAAAACUUAAAAAAAAAGAAAGAAAAGAAAAGCUAUCACACAUUUUAAACACAUUUUACUUAUUAUUAUUAUUAUUAUUAUUAUUAUUAUUAUUAUUAUUAUUAUUAUUAUUAUUAUUGAGUGUAUGGUGAAUUUAAUCACAUAUCAGGUCUUUAUCCAAUCCAGAGUGUCCACUUUUUUGCAGCUUACACAUGGAGGAGGUCUAAGUAUUAAUGUACAGAAUCAGAUCUUUAAAGUGAGCGGUACGGGAACAUGUACAAUAAUGUCCAAACGGAAAGAUAUUUUGUUUAUUUUGUGCUUUCAAGAAGACAUUGUGGGAACACUUUUUGGGCUGUUUUUUUAUUUUUAUUUUUAUUUUUAUUUGCAUUCACACCGUGUUUAAAGUCAUGUGGAUCUCUAUGUAAUGUUGGUGUGUGUGUGUUUUUUGUUUUUGUUUUUUUUUUAUAAAGUGAGUGUACCUCGACUGCAGGCUCGGAUCUCCUGGAAUAUCCCUGAAAUACUUUUUAAACGUUCUUUUUUUUUUAAACAAACAAACAAAAAAAAAAAAGCAAAUUAUAAUUUUCGUCAUUACUGUGAAACGUGAACUCACCUGACCACAGUGUUUUCAAUUCAUAAUAAAUCCACCAAACCUUUUGUACAAGA